ACCAUCAGUUGCACAUUUCCUGUCUUUUUUCACGAUAUCCCGUCAAAUCGGAUACUAAAACUAUACAUUUCUUAUCAUCCACUAUCAUAUGUUGCUAGGAUAAACGUAUUUUUAGUGAGAAGUGAACUCUUAGUGAUAUCUGUGUGUCAAUAUGUUAACAUUUAUACUCUGUGGUCAUAUAGGGAUUUUGGAAAAUUAAACUGAAUUGUGUGUUGGAUGUAAAUGUCCUCGCCAGGUCUGCUGCUAUGAACCAUCAGACGUGCGAGGGUUGAUGAGCACACGACGGCGGACCUGGCCUCCGCCACGGUGACGUGACGAUGUCGUGACGAUGCCGCGACGGAGGCGCCCCCUAGCGUCCCGAAUACGAGGCUACAUCAGGCAACUGCUCGCGUUCCUCUUCAGCAACGUGGGGAUCGUCGUGCUAGUGGUCGCCUAUACCAUUGCUGGUGCUUUCAUGUUUCAAGCCAUAGAGGGUGCGAGCGAGAUGGAACGAGUGAAUCACAUGGCGCGAGAAAGGAACAACACAGCCCAGUACCUCUGGCAGAACGUCACCCUGGCGCUCAACCUCUUCAAUGAAACCGCAUUAAAAGACAAAAUUAGCUUCGAGCUGCACCACUAUCAGAGGAAGGUGGUGGUGGCUGUCCGUCGCGGCUGGGACGGUGGCAGGUCAUCCAGACAGUGGAGUUUCUCCUCCGCCUUCCUGUACUCCCUCACCGUCAUCACCACCAUAGGUUAUGGUCAUUUAUCACCAAGAACGAACUGGGGGAAGGUGACCACUAUACUCUAUACUCUGCUGGGAAUGCCUUUAUUUUUAUUAUACCUCAGUAACGUUGGUGAACUGCUGGCACGCUGGUUCAAGUGCUUGUACGCGCUGGUAUGUCUAUGCCGUGGAUGUCCAGGGUUCACCAGACGAAGAGUAGCCAGAUUCCGUCCUCAGGUAGAAACCAGCGAGGCUGAAAGUAUAGAGCGUCCCGAGGAUUGGAGGUGGAGGUAUUCAGAGUCGGAUGUGACCCCAGAAUAUGGGCCCUCUCACCGGAUCCACAAUUAUGUCCUCAGAAGACCAGAGUACGGACGCAGUGUUUCCAUGCCACAACCGUGGGGUCCGCCCCGGUACCCGCAUCGUUUAGACCCAAGACUGCGGGGCUGGUCAGAACCCUGGACCCGGGGUACUCCAGAAACCAGCGAGUUCAGCUACCUGACCUUCGAUGCUCAAUCCAUUACCGUUCCACUAAGUGUCUGCGUGUUUAUACUAGUUGGUUACAUAAUGUUCGGCUCAAUGAUAUUCGGGAUGUGGGAACAGUGGGAUCAACUGGAUGGUGCAUACUUCUGUUUCAUAUCUCUCAGUAGUAUUGGGUUUGGUGAUUUCGUGCCUGGAGAGAGAGUCUACACGCCCCGUAUUGAGACUUCCUUCAUCGUGUGCUCAAUGUAUCUGAUGCUGGGCAUGGCACUAGCUGCCAUGUGCUUCAAUCUUAUGCAGGAACAAGUGAUACAUUACGUGGCAGGCUUCAAGAGGGCCGCAGUAAGGAUAUGUCGUUGUAAAAGAUAACAUAUGUGUAUAUAGUUGAAUUUCGUAUACGAAUGUUUAUGUAUUGUUGUACAAUAAAGACGGUUAAUAUUUA